AUGACUGGCCGAAAUGACUCCACCAAAGCUGCAAAGAUAACCCAAAGGCAGAAAAAUAAUGGAAAAGAGGAGGGGAAUAAGAUGCUAUCUGCUCAGCUGGUCGCUCUCCUGUUCAUAGCCAUAAAUAUCAAGUGCGUAGUUUCAGUCAGAACAGACACUUUUGGGAGCAGGUCAGGUAUACAACACAAGAAUAAUGACUUCCUCCAUGGUGGUGACCGUAACCAAGGAAGACGAAGGGAAGUUCCCACGUUUGUCAAUGUAACUUAUAAGAAUAGUUUGAAGCUACCCAGUCGGUGCAUCUUUGAUCGGUUGAGAAAUCCCUUUAAGUGCUUAUCACCCCUAAGGGGCAGUUUCCAAAGUGUGCAGGUGAGCAGGAAAGAAAGGAAGGGGGAAACCUCUCCAUUAGAAGAUCUCAGCAUCACACACGGCAGUUCCGUAGCUGUGCUCCAGGAGGAAGCUAAAAAUGUAGUCCGAAAAAAGAGAGACAUUUUAUCCAGCGGAUUUAAACACCGCACACAAGGUAGUGAUAUGAUGGAUGCAGGAAGUGACCCACUUAGACGUGGUUCGAAGAAUCAAAUUAAACAUGAUAGAGGAGCAGAAAUUGGCCAAGCGGAGAGCCCCAAGCGGGAAAAGAGUGAAACCAAGGAAAUGAGUCAGACACACGGGGGGGUAAGAAGUCUGGUCGGUACGAACAGAGGUCCACAUCGGAAGAAGGGAACCCCUCAGGGUGUCGUGGACAUACAGAACACGAAUGUGCGGAGCUUUCUGCAAGGCGGUGAAGAGAACCGAUCGCUCCACCUGCUGAACUACAUCUACCAUUCGUGGAAGGAGAAGAACUUCGCCAACUUCGUGACGGCGAUAAAGGACAAAGGGUUCAAUCACACAUGUGUGGAAAAAUGGCUACACAAGAUGUCCAUAAGCAUAAAUAAGAAAUACAUAAAAAUACAGCUAAGGAGGGAUUACGUGCUGAUUAAAAAUAAGUAUUUCGAUCCGAGGCAAACGAGGGUGAAGGAAUUUCACCUAACUUAUGGAGACAUUAACAAAUGCCUGGAGAUUUUAAUAAAAGACAUGGAUAAAUUUUGUUCAUACGAGAUGUCGUCCAUUCUUUGGGCCAUCACAAUUAUCCUCAUCAAGCUCUUUAAAGGCUCCAACAGUGUGGAUAGCAGCAUGGGAAGCAACGUGGACAACACUGGCAGCGUGCCCUUCUCCGAGAUCCACGCGGUGACAACUACCCUGUUGCAUAACUUUAGGAAAUUUUUUUCCCUCAUUGUUUUGCACUUGAAUAAGGUGAAGGGGUAUUUGUCCAUCGACGAGUCUCUGUGGGCGAUCUGGAGCUUGUGCAAGCUGCUGCACUUUAACGUGCUGUGCGCGGGGGGCGCCUCCUCUGCGGUUGGCAGCGAUGGAAGUGAUUUCUCAGUUGGUGACUCCUCCCCGGGUGGAUCCCUCCGGGGAGACGGCGUGCGCGAAGAAGCCCCGUACAGCCCCCACCAAGUGGCCUACCUCAAAAACAAGUUCCAUCUGACUGAAGAAACGGUUAAACACAUCCUUGACAUAUUCAAUCACAUAUAUAAGCACCUCCACGGAAACCUACAAUUCCUGCAGGAAAAAUAUUACAUCUAUAUUCCCUUUAUCAUUUUCGAAUCUCAGACGUUGCUGUUAAGAAGUAGCGUCCUCUUACUGAACAGAAUAAUGUCUAUAAUUCUGAAGAGAGACAUUUUGCUUUCCCUCUUCAAUUUCGACACGUUGAAGAGGAAGCUAAGACGAAGGACUCUUCAGAUGCGACAUGGAAGAAGCAUUCCUGAAACGCAGCAUGGAAGAAGCACCGCUCUGGUGAGCAUUCCCCAUAGGAAGAAUAGCUACUCACAAAAUGUAGACAUUUUUAGAAUUAAAACUCUGAGCAAAGUGUACAAACUUAUUAAAUGCAUUUCGAAGAUAUUUUAUCCUUUGAAGAAUCCUAACAUUCGGAAUUUAAAUUUGCACAAUAAUUAUGACAGCCUGGAUGUGGGUCUCCUGGGAGACUUCGUUCGCGCAUGCAAUGAUGUCCUGGUGAAAUAUGUUGACUACUUCGUCUUCGUCAUUCGUCGGGACGAGGGAGAACGCUCUGUGCAGGAAGGUGGCGCGACUGGCUCAGAUGCAGCUGUGGAGGGGGGGGAGGAACCACUUCUUCCACUCCAGGAACGCCUGCGUAUGGAGCAUAAGAACGAGCUGAUUUUUAUUUACAACUGCCUGAGGAGUUCGCUCGUGUCGCUGAUCAAAUUGGACCUGAAGGACAAAUACAUGUACGAGUGGCUGAACGGGAACAUGCACCUCUUUCAGUUUGGGCGGCUAGUCGAGGCGGCCCAGAAAAGUGGUGGAGCGGAGAUGGGAAAUGCUCCAAGCAGCAGCCUAUUCAGGGGCAAUGCUUCAGUUGGCAAUGCUUCAGUUGGAGAUGACUCAUUUAGCAAUGCCGCAGUUGCCAAUACCCCAAUCGGUAACCUCCUAGGUGACCGCUAUACCGACCACUUCCAAAGCGAGGAGCUCCUGAGAGAGGGCCCACCCCUUGUGGACAGCAGCACCUUUGAGCAGACCAACUCUGCGCAUCCAUCAUAUGGCGAACGGGAAAUUGCAGAUGGAGAGCCCCAAAUUGGAGAUGCCAACUGUGACGGUGUCAGCGGCGGAAGGGAAGAGGUAACCCCAUUGGGUACAGCUCAAAGUAUACACACCCAUACCGAUAAUCGGGAGACGUCGGAAGGACCCCCUGCAGAUGGAAUCGCUACGUCAGAUGGGAAAGGGAAAUCCAAUGAUGUAUGUCUGGAUGUGCUGGCGCUGAGCAAAUUCACAAAACUGUAUAGCACCGAAAUGAAGAGAAAACUAAUAGCAAAUGUGAAGCGAAGCAUUGCCGACUCAUUGAAGCAGUUUGAGAAUCUCUACCAGAGUAGCAACACAGACCAGGUACACCACCCGACAUAUGUCUGCAUUAACGAUAUAUACAUCAUAAAGGAAAAGCGAAUAGAAGAACUGUAUGAUGAGGAGACAAAGACUUUUUACAAAAAAAAAAAAAGUGUCAACUUUAGAAACGUGAUAAUGCCAAAACAGCUAGCCAUUUAUGUUAAUUACAUAGGAAGAAACAUGAAUUUAGUAGAAAGCAAAAAAGAGCUGGAUGAGAUUUUCUGCCUCUCCGUCAGGUAUAUCAAUACUACCAGGUUUAACUACUUCACUUCAAAUGAUAUAAUUCACUUUCUUCAAGGGCUAUUAAAUUAUUACGAGGUGGAGAGGAAAGGCAUGAAUGCUUUGUCUGAACAAGUGAAUAGAAUGUUAAUACUGCUGUGUAGCAUUGUGGAGAAUUCAUUCCUCAAAUGGAAGUCUUCAAAUAUAUGCCAGCUCAUUUAUUUGCUAACAAAAUAUAAGCAUAUACACAGGAACAUUUUUAAUAAGUUCGACUGGCUGCUGAACAGAAUUGAAUUCCCUCGCUACGUGUAUGAGAGGGCUGGGAUAGACACUGCCGGGGGGGGUGAAGUUGGUUCUGAUGAGAAUGUGGUGGGCAGCAGGGCUGUUCAGUUGGAUUCCUCGGAUGGGGACGCUGCUCAGUUGGAUUCGUCGUAUAGGGACGCCCCCAUGGAUUCCUCGGAUGGGGACGCUACUCAGUUGGAUUCUCCAGGGAAUAGAUACGCAAGAAUCCAUUCCUCCGAUAGCAACGCUGCUCAGUCUGAUUAUCAAGACAACACCGACAUGCUUUGCAACCCCCCCGCGCGCCACACCGAGAGAACGAGCAAGUCGACGCGCAUCAGCAUAAACGAAAUCAAGUAUGACAACCUGGGCUCGGCGCUGUGGGCCAUGACUUCGCUCAACAAACACGUAAUUAAAAAGAAGUUUUUCCUAAAAUUCUGUUAUCUUUUCUCCGUGUACUUUUCUCUGCACAUGAAAUUAUAUUUAAGUCAGAAACAUCGAGAUGGAUGCCACUCAAACGGUUUUGCUACCUCGACUGAGCAGGACGUGAAAGAGGAAUCUCAAAAUGACGAUGACUUCUUACGACACCAUGCCACUUAUUUUAAGUUGCCCUUGGACUCAAUGACUAUAAGUAUCUAUGUCAACACCUUUGCGAGGAAAAUAAAAAUUGGGUUCAAACAUCUCUUCGAUGUUAUUAAGAAUGAUGUGACAAUUGUGUCCAAUUUUUCUGUCAAGGAACUUUCUUACAUCAUGUAUUCCUUGGCCAAUGUGGAUAGCAGUGCCUUGGGGGACAGCGUCUUCCAUGAUGAGCCCGUUUGUCACGACGGGGGUGAUGUCAGGGAAGAGAGUAGACGCCGCCUUGAGCAGUUUCUGCAUCGAAGGAGCGCCCUGUGGGUGGACGAUGUGGAUGACAUGUUUGACGCGGUGCAAGGGCUACCCCCCAAGGAGAUACGUAGUCAGGAAGAGGAGCCAACCUCGAAAGAGGCGCACCAGGUUGGUGGCAACGGCAGUGAAGACAGUAAUGAGAGCAGCAAUGGAAACGGAAACGACCCCGUGAAGAGAAGAAGCAAAACGAUCGUGCGAAAGAAAAGCUUCCUAAAGUUUAAAAGAGACAGAAUCGAAAUUUCCAGCGAAUUCUUAAACAGCCUGAUGCAGAAAGUAUACAACUGCGCAUCAGCCAUUUUGCAGAAGAAAAAAAAGUACCUCCAAGAAGCAAUCUCUGAUGGCACUCUCUACAUGAGUAAUGCCAAUAAAAAAAAAAAGAUCGAAAUAAUUGACCUCAUGAAAUUAGUAUACAGCAUCUUUGUUUUCCUAAAUCAACGAAUUCAAGUCGGCCGAGAUGAUGGAAUCAAGUUUGGCCUCGCCGAGGAGAUCAUUCGCCUGUACAGCCUCAUCGUUAAGAGCUUCCCCAGCACGCUCAAUUAUAUAUACGUCAUCAUCGACACGUAUGCCCUGAUAAGCAAUGUCUACACUUUGGACGCCUUCACGAGGGGUAUCAUAAAGGAAUUCGUCCAAAUUUGCGUAAAAAAGGUUGAAGAAGAGAAGAUGUUGGAUCUGGAGAAGAAAAAGAUUAUGAUGAGUAUUCAAAAUUUGAAGGCAACCAACUGA